AUGGCUAGACGGUCCACGUUUGCUGCUGUAUCCGUAGUCUUGGCUCUGUGCUUGGUGGCUUUGGCCUCUGCUGCCGGCACACCGGCAACAACGACGCCUGCGCCGAAAACAACGACGCCUACGCCGAAAACAACGACUCCUCCUGCCGUAAAACCACAGCCGAAGAAGCCAGGAAAGCCGACGCGAGCUAAGAUCAACCAGGGUGUGUUCAACACGUGGGAUGGCGGCUACAUCGCGACGAUUUCUCCCUCCGAAGGCGGUCUUGCCCAAGGCGCGUGCGGAUACGGCAACACGGUGAACACCGGUAUCGGAUCUGCUACUAGCGCGGUGUCUUCUAUUUUGUACGAGAACGGCCAGACCUGCGGCGCGUGCGUGGCGAUCAAGUGCGUGAAGAACAAGAGAUGCAACGGGAACGCCGCCACCGUUACAGUCACUAACCACUGCAAGGGCAACAAAACUCACGGCGGCCUGUGCCAGCUUCCUAAGAAAUCCAUCAUGCUGCCGCCCAGCGUCUACGACCAGAUCGUCACCACGCGAAACGCUGGCGACAUCGCCGUGCGAGUGUCGCGCGUCCCUUGCCCUCGCAAGGGUGGGAUUCAAAUCAAGAUUCUUAUGGGGAACGACUGGUUCAUCAACCUUCUCCCUCUCAAUGUCGCGGGACCAGGAACUAUUUCCAAGAUCGAAGCUCAACUGGUCGGUACCGCCGGAUUCAAGCCGCUUGUCAGGAACUUCGGAACCACGUGGUCGCUGAACAAUGUCAAGGUUGGCGGGCAAGCGAUGACGCUGCGCGUGACGACGAACUUCAACGGGAAGGUUAUUGUUCUCAAGAACGUGAUUCCGGCUUCGUGGCAGGUCAACCAGACGUACACCGGAGCCGAAAACUUCCCUGAUAGCUAA